AGUCGCGUCAGUGUCGGACAAGAUGGCGUCUCAGCAGCAGCAGCCCGGUGGGCCGAUGUCUCAGCCUGGAUUACAGCAGCCGUCACUACAACAACAACAACAGCAGCAGCAGAUGAAUCAACAGCAAGACUUUGACCCGGUUCACAGAUUUAAGAUGCUCAUCCCUCAGCUAAAGGAGAGUCUGCAGAAUGUAAUGAAGAUCGCAUCCCUGAAUUUGGCCCAUAACACGGCAAUUGACAACGGCAUUAAAAGCAGUGAUGGCUCUGUGCAGCGCUUUGACAAAAGCUUAGAGGAGUUUUAUGCCCUCUGUGAUCAACUGGAGCUGUGUUUGCGGCUGGCAUAUGAAUGUCUUUCCCAAAGCAUCGACAGCGCCAAACAUUCACCCAACCUGGUACCGACGGCCACCAAGCCUGACACGGUGCAGACGGAGUCCAUGUCUUACGCCCAGUACCUCGGCAUGAUCAAGUCUCAGAUCUCCUGUGCCAAAGAUAUCCACAAUGCUUUGCUGGAGUGUUCCAAGAAGAUCACAGGAAAAGGACAACCGCAGGGAAUCAUGUGAAGCCACACAGACUAUUCUGACCCAUUUUCACAAAGACUAUGGAUUUCUUGUUUGGAAUGACCCCCUUACAGAGGUCUCACUUUUCCUUCAGUUCUUAUAUUCUACAUUUUCUUCCUUUUUAAAAUAUACCACGUGAGAGUGUUGUGUAAAUAUUUCCAGCCAAGUCAUGUCCUGAGAUAACCAGCAGGUGGUAGCAGAGUUGCAGGAGCCACUUGAAUGUUCACAGGUCUUUGGUAACUUAUUUGUACUGGAACAUUAAAACCUUUCUACAGAU